AUGUACGCCAACGGCUCUGAUAUGAAAGCCGUGUAUUUCGUCGCCCUAUCGCUGGCCGUAAUAUCGACACAAAGUAUUGGCCAUAUAUUGAGCAUAAUGUUUGGCGAGAGAGGGGUACUGGUACUGUAUGGCUUUGACGGGUGCUCUCCCGCACAGGUGUCGUCCGUUUUGCACAGAAUGAUGAUUACAACCGAUAGUUACGAUAAAUGUUGGCAUUUAUUAUUUUUUCAAUUUCUGGACGCAUACAAAUCCCAUGACAUACCCGUAUGGGGACUGACGGUGGAGAACGAGCCCGUGGAGGGACAACAACCGCACUAUGCGUUCAAUUGUCUCAACUUCACGGGACCGACGGAACGGGAUUUUGUGAAAUUAAACUUAGGCCCAACCCUUGCGAAGGCCGGGUAUACCCCGGAUAAACUAAAACUCAUGGUAUUUGACGACAACGCAAACUUUUUGGCCGAUUUUGUGAAACCAAUUUUGACCGAUAAAGAGGCCGCGAAAUACGUGUCCGGUAUUGCCUAUCACUGGUACGGGAAUAACCCGAUGAGCGGGUUUCCCGACCCGUUCCUCACAGAAGUUCAUAACACUUAUCCCAAUGUAUUUCUAUUGAACACCGAGGCGUGUCAUUUGGAUGGGGCCGCGUUGGGCCGAUGGGACCAUGGUGAAAAAUAUGCCUACGAUAUCAUUAGGGCGCUGAAUAAUUACGUUAGCGGUUGGCUGGAGUGGAAUAUGGCGCUGGACAUGUCAGCGGGCCCAAGGUGGACUGGGGGUGGUUUCGGGGGCACACUUAACAUAGACCCGGCCAAGGGCGAGGCCUACAAACAGCCCUCGUUUUACACUAUCGGCCACUUUAGUAAAUUUGUUUCGCCCGACUCUAUACGCGUCGGACAUACGGUCGACAAAUUGGUGGCCAAUCUAUCGGUGGUUACGAUUGAAAGGCCGGACAAACAGUUGGUUUUGGUGGCACUCAAUGCCGGCGACACCGAUAUAGAGCUCGAUAUACGCGAAUCGGGCCAUAGAUUGCGGUAUAAAAUAGCCGCACAUUCUGUUCAGUCGUAUAUCUGGUAG